AUGGUUGGUAGUCUACUAAAAUUGAAUAACGAUUUUUCCGAUAACUUUAACAUGGAUGGAGUAAAACUAGGAUCAAGCAUUCUUUCACCGUCAAAAUCUGACUCACACGAAUCAAUCCCGAUGAACUCAUCAGAAGAGGAAAGCAUUACAUUAUUCAAGAAAGAUAGUUCACUGGAUGAGGAGAGUAUCAUAAUAUCCAGGCAAAAGGAUUCAUCGGUAUGUAAGGAACUUCAGCUGGAUAUUCUAACUCCUCCGCCAUCUCGACAAUCCGGUUCAUAUGAUCUGAGAGUAAGGCGCAAACGUAUAAUUUAUACUCCUUCACCAAUAAAAUCGUCGAAAGUGAAAAAGUACAAGAAGAAGCAGACGAAGACAUCUGUAAAAAAAUUUGAAAUACCUCCUAAGACAUUUAAGCGGAUAGUUCUCGACAUCAUGAAGGAACAAUCUGUAACUAAUCCAAGAAUUGAGGAUGAUGCUAUUUCAGCUCUUCAAGAGAUUAACAGAACGGCAUUCAAAAUGCCUUGGAGAGGAGGGCUGUUGCUCCUCUCCUUAAUAUUUCAAAAUGUUCUGAGUGAAGAGUUCCAUGUUGGCAACGGAUCUUCAGCUUUAUUAAGUGAUGUGGAAUUGAAAUGUCCCGAAGGAUGGCAAUUAAUUAAUCUGAAAUGUUUCAUGAUCUAUCAAAUUGAGAAAAGUUGGCCUCAAGCUUUAUCCACUUGUUCUCGAUAUGGAGCUCAUUUGGCUCGAAUCGAGUCUGGACCUGAGAAUGACUUUGUUGCAAACAUGGUGUCUAAGCCCGGCAGACCAGGAAUUCAUCCAGAGUACUGGAUCGGGUUAACCGCUGAUGUAGAUCCAGCUUCCACAGAUCCUACUUAUCUCUGGUCCGACGGAGUUCCUACCAGCAGAUAUGUAGGAUUUUGGGAGGCCAGUCAACCUGAUCAUCUCAAAGGAACCUGCGCUGUGGUGUCAUUGGAUAAGAACAAUUUGAAAUGGAGAUUAGAUCAAUGCAAUCUGUUAAGAAGUUUCAUAUGCGAAAUUCCGGCUUGUAUCAAAGGAACUUUCUUCUGUGCAACAGGACAAUGCAUUCCUGAAUCAGAACAUUGUAAUGGAGUUAACAACUGUGGUGAUUACAGUGAUGAACUUAACUGCCCUUCUUCUCACUCCGAUUUGGCUUGUCUUCAAUACACCAAAGGAGAAUCUGGAAAGUUUAGUUCACCUGGAUAUCCUUCAUCUUAUAAGGGCAACUCAAACUGUCGUUGGAUGAUCGAGGGUCCCAUCAAUAGCAGAAUACAAUUAACAUUUGACUAUUUUGAAACGGAAGAAAAAGUGGAUAUUGUAACAGUUCUUGAUGGAGGUCCACAAACUAACUCUACGACAGUUCUGGGAAUUUUCUCUGGUUCUCAUGAAUCCGUAACAGUUACAUCGGCUACAAAUAUGAUUAUUGUCCAAUUUCGAAGUGACAAUACAAUCAACUCGAGAGGAUUUCAAGCAACUUGGAAAACAGUUUCCUUCCAGUGUGGAGGAAGUUUGAUAGCACAGUCAUAUGGACAGACGUUAACCUCUCCGGGGUAUCCACAAUCAUAUGCUAAUGCAGCAGAAUGCGUAUGGACAAUCCAAUCAUUGAGUCCAGGAAGUUUGAUUACUCUGAGUAUAGAAGACAUCAAUUUCUCCGAUACCGAUAGACUCAUUAUCUAUGACGGAAAUAACCCAUCUUCACCCGUUUUAUCUACGGUAUCCGGAAAUCAUUCCAGUACGGAAUAUGUCAUUAGUACUUCUGACAGUCUAUACAUUUACAUGAUAACCAACCAAAUGGGAAAUGGCAGAGGCUUCUCUCUAGGCUACAAGAAAGGAUGCGAUGUUGUUCUUCGUCAAUCGCAUGGGAACAUUUUGUCUCCAGGAAACACAAUAGUUCCUUAUCCUAAUUCUCAAAAGUGUACAUACUCAAUCGAAAUGCCAGAAGGCAAUACUGAUCAGUCAUUCACGAUACUAGUGAAUCGUUUCGAUUUGGGUUCUUUGGACUUCCUGAAGGUUUUCGAAGGCACUGUAAAAGGAAGACCUUUACAUGAUGGCAUCGGUUUUAGUAAUGAUCAAAAGCCAGAGGAGCUAUUGCAAUGUCGUCAAUCAAAAGCUUUCUUAGUUUUCGAAAGUAACUCUGUCAAGAAUGGAUUUGGAUUCAAUUUGACAUUCAGUUCAAACUGUCCUGCAAUUAAAACUCCUUCCCAUGUAACACUUUCGACAAAGCAAACAUCGUUCGGAACAAAAGUUUCCAUUCAAUGUCCUAAAGGUUAUGAGUUCAUCAAUGGGCGUGGAACCUCUAUGGAAGUUCUAUGUCUAGCGGGAGGAAAUUGGACUGAAUCUUAUGUACCUGCGUGCCAACCUGUAUAUUGCUCUGCCAUUCCCCAAAUAUCUAACGGUUAUGCAGUUUCCGCGUCUAACGUGUCGUAUAGGGGACAAGUUGAGUAUUCUUGUCAUGAAGGCUUCUCAUUUUCUUCUGGAAAAACGAUUGAAGAAGUAUAUUGCUCUGAGAAUGGAGAAUGGAGCAAAGUUCCACUCUGUCGAGCAGCUACUUGUGCGGCUUUGCCACCGUUUGCCAACGGCGAAAAGCAUUUACAAUUCGGAGACGGAACUGGAUUCGGCACUGUUUACCAUUUUACAUGUUUGGCUGGAUAUCAUAUUGAAGGAAUCCCUACAAUUCUCUGUCAGUCAGAUGGGCAGUGGUCAUUUGAACAGCCAGUAUGCAAAAAGCUAUACUGUACCGAUAUACCAACUGUGAAGAAUGGUCGGCUUGUCACGCCUGAAGUUUUUCGCUUCGGGGAUGUAGCUAAAGUUGUUUGUGAAGAUGGCUUUCGAGUAGAGGGAGUAGAUGAGGUCAAAUGUUUGGCUAAUCAAACUGUCAGCCAUGUAUCUUCCUGUCGGGAUGUUAAUGAGUGCUCUGAAGGCUUAGCUAAGUGUCAAGGUCCUUCCACCAGCUGCGUGAAUUUACCAGGGGGAUACUCAUGUGAUUGCUUAGAGGGUUAUCAACCUCAAUUAAUGUGCACCAAAGCCUAUGCGCUCAAUCCUAUUUCAGUCACCUCCUCGUCUGAUAUGAUUUCUCAGAAAUCUCCUAGAGGAUGGUGUUCAUCAACUUUAGAUCCUCUGAAAGCGAUUACUUUGCAUUUCAGCGUAGCUAAAGUUAUUGAGAAGAUAAGAUUCAAUCGAACUGUAUCGGGAAAUACUCUCUCCGUUCGUAUCCGAUAUAACAGUGAAGAAGGAAAACCCUUGCAGCAAUUAGCCGUCGAUGGGAAUGAUGUUUUUGAUUUACAAGAUAGUACAUUCUUCGAUGGAGAUUUUUUGGUUCUCCCAUACUCGGUUGAAGCCCGAGUGUUGGAAAUUUCCAUAGUGCACUAUGAGAAUGAGCCAUGCUUCACGGCCGAUGUUUUCGGUUGCCAGAAGUACAGCUGUGUGGAUAAAAAUGAAUGUAUGAAAGAUAACGGUGGUUGUGAACAUAUUUGUGUAAAUAAUCAGGGUUCUUAUAAGUGCGCUUGCCGUGAUGGCUUCGAUUUGUUUGUGACUAAUGGUCAGAGUGGAUUUUGGCUGGAAGAGGACGACACUGGAUCUGACAUUUUAGAUAGCUUGAAUUUUAACAAAUCUUGCAUCGCUCGUACAUGCCCAUUGGUGGAAUCUCCAGAAAAUGGAUUGUUGCUAUCAACAUUGAGCGCUUUCCGUUUUCCGGUUGUUGUUCAAUUUGCUUGUGAUUUCGGAUACCAAAUGAUGGGACCAGAUUACAUUCAAUGUUUGGCUGAUGGUACAUGGAAUGGAACAACACCUUUCUGCCUACCUGCUACUUGUCAAGGAGUUGAAAACAACACAGAUAUUGGACUUGUAGUUUCGACUGGUAAUACUACAAUUGCUUAUGGAGAGUCCAUCGUAUUGAGCUGUAUUCAACGAGAUCGGCCAGCAAAGAAGACACCCUUAGCUACAUCUCGAGAAUGCAUUUAUGACCCGAAGCCUGAUGGACGAGAUUACUGGCUCUCUGGGCCAAUGGCUGACUGCCCUCUUAUAACCUGCCCUCCUCUGCCCGUAAUGGCUGGAGUAGAAUACUUAGGAGACACAUCCAAUGUUCAGGUUGGUUCCGUUUUGGAGUUCUCUUGCCGAGCUCCUUAUACUAUGGUUGGAUCAUCAUCUGAAGGGGAUCCUAUCGUUCGAUGUGGCUUAGAUGGCGCUUGGGAUUUGGGAGAUUUGCGUUGUGAAGGCCCUGUUUGUGUAGAUCCCGGUUUUCCCGCUGAUGGCAGUAUCCAUCUUGAAAGUGUAGAAGAGGGUUCGGUGGCCAUGUUCUCUUGCCGAAGACCCGGAUUUGUUCCAUUCCCUUCUCCUGCUAUUCAAUGUAUACUCGGAUCAGCUUGCGCUCUCUCUGAAGAUGUGGGCAUCUCUUCGGGAUUUAUUCCUGACGCCGCCUUCGCUGAUAACGCUGACAUCAGUAUCCCUGGUUAUGAGCCAUCUAAAUCGAGGAUGUCCUCUACGGGCUGGUGUGGAACAAAAGAUGCUUUUAUAUUCCUUAGCGUGGAUCUCAUGAAAGUUCAUACUCUGACAACAUUACGAAUCGCAGGUGUUGCGGGAUCUGGAAGUUUGAAAGGCCAUGUUACAAAAAUGCAACUGUUCUACAAGUCAAUGUUCAAUCAAAGCUAUGACACCUACCCUGUUGAAUUUGAAACACCUUCCGGAAAUCACAAUGCUAUGCAUCAGUUUGAACUGGAUCCUCCUUUGAGAGCUCGAUACAUUCUUUUUGGAGUCGCAGAGUAUGAAGGAAACCCAUGUAUUCGUUUCGAUUUACAAGGUUGUCUUGCUCCUGCUUCUGUUAGCCGUGAUACACCCACUCAUCUACAGGUUGGUUGGAACGCGUCUGUGCCACAGUGUGUUGAUGCUGAGCCUCCUAAAUUCGUAAAUUGUCCCUCCUCUCCCAUAUUCAUCGAAACAGAUGACAAUGGUCAAUUGAAACCUACAAACUAUCAUGUACCUAGAGCAGAAGAUAACAGUGGCAGAAUUGCUUACAUGCGCCUUGAGCCAGUUGAUUUUCAUCCUGGAAAACCAAUAUUUGUUAACACAGAUGUAGUGUAUACAGCGUUUGACGAUGCCGGAAAUCUCGCAGAUUGCGUGAUAAAGCUCCGAAUUCCAGAUACUAUUCCUCCUGUCUUGAAAUGUCCUGAUUCUUACUCAAUACCUGCCAAAGAGCCUCAAAUAGUGUUGAACUUCAACCAGAGCACAGUUCCUAUGGUUAUACAGGAUGUCUCUAAUAUUACCGAAGUUAUUUUCUCUCCUGCAACUUCAAAGUUGAGAGUUGGUGAAUACGUUGAUGUUGAAGUAACUGCGACAGACGCUUUUUCGAAUAGAAACAAAUGUCGUUUCCAAGUUUCUUACAUGCACGAAACCUGUUCGACGGAGUCUUUGAUUGUAUCAUCUGACGCAGUAAGAACUUGUGCUCAAAAGGAUGAUGAUCUUGUAUGUAGCGUAACAUGCCCUGCAGGUCAUCGGUUUGUUGACUCGGAUAAUAAUAGUACAACAUUUAUAUGUUCCGCAGGGAGAUGGUCACCUAGUGGGGUUGCCCCUUCAUGUAUUCCCAAUGCGGAAGAGCCAGCUCGUUAUGAAUUAAACGUGGCAAUACGAUAUCCAAGCACAGCUGAAGUUCCUGAUCAUUGUCUUCAGGGAUUCUCGUCCUUAUUAUCACGAUCAUAUGAAGAUCUUGAUCGUGUUUUAUCGCAACGCUGCUCAAGCUCCGUCCAGGUGUAUGUCCGUUUCUUACAAUCAACAUUUGUGAAUGAUAAUGGAAUGGUUGUUGGUAACUAUACAAUACAAAUCCUUCCCACCGUGCUUCAAAAUGUUUUCUAUGACUUAUGUGGCUUAACUCUGAGAACAAUUUUUGAUCUGAAUAUACCAGGCGCAACAGUUCCCGUUAAAAGUUUGUUGACUCUUGCUGGAGAAUCUGUUCCGUCGCAAGGAUUGGGGUGCCCUACACUCAUUGCGUCCAAAUCUUAUAUAUCACAAGGUUUUGGAUGUAACGAAGGUGAAGUUCUACGGCAACCUAAACCCGAACAGCUGCCAGAGUGUUUACCUUGCCCUGUCGGAACGGUUAAUGUGAACAACAGCUGUGUAUCAUGUCCCUUAGGCUCAUAUCAGAAUGAGAAAGGUCAAUUAGCUUGUAAAGCUUGUCCUGAUGGAACUUAUACUCUAUACACUGCUACGUUCAGGAAAGAGGAUUGUUUAGCGAUAUGUGGAAAUGGAAUGUACAGUGAAACUGGGUUGGUUCCUUGCCAGCUAUGUCCACGUCACACUUUCUCUGGUCCUCCAAUCACAGGUGGUUUCAAACAAUGUGAAUCGUGUCCAUCGGGAACGUACACCAGUAAACUAGGAUCGUCUGGUCCCUCACAAUGCAAGCAGCCCUGCGCACCAGGGACAUUCAGUAUAACUGGAUUGGAACCGUGCUCAAAUUGUCCGUUCAAUUAUUAUCAGCCGUCUGUUGGCCAACAAAGGUGCUUGGAAUGUUCUAAUGACACUGCUACGUUCGCAGAGGGCUCCACUCUGGAAACCUCUUGUGUUUCGAUUAAAUGCUCAGACAUGAAAUGUGAAAACAAGGCUGAUUGUACCAUUCGCGAUCAUAGAGGUUUAUGUGAAUGUAAACCAGGCUACAAAGGAGAGAGAUGUGAACAACUCGAUGACAUUUGUGUAACUCAACCUUGCCAUAACGGAGGGUACUGUGAAGUUGUAGCAGGUUCCUACCGUUGUGUAUGCCCAAGAAAUUAUUCGGGAGCGCGAUGUCAAUUCGGCCCUGAUGAAUGCGCUGGUAAAUCAUGCCCCAAUGGAGGAGUAUGCCAUGAUUUGCCAGGAUUAAAAUCAACUAAAUGUCUUUGUCGCACUGGUUUUUCCGGACCACACUGUCAAGAAAUACAAGAUAUUUGUUCUUCAUCAAACCCUUGCAAAAAUGGAGCUAAUUGUGUACCUAGCAAGCUUGGCAGAUACAAAUGUCACUGUUUACCAGGAUGGGAAGGAGAAACUUGUGAUAAGAAUAUAGGUUAG